AUGCCUUCUCAGAAAGAAUUAUUUCAAAUGUUUUUAACAAUUUUAGCCUUGAUGGGAGGAACAAUGUUUAUUCUUUCUGAUUUCUUCUUGAAUAUUCUAGUUAGAAAAUCUAUGAAAUUGUUGGGAUGGAAUGAAUUGUUUGAUUAUGAAUCAAUUACUGGAUGCUUUUUGUGUGGAUCAAUGCAAGUCCAUAAUUUAAAAGUGAAAAAAUUAUACCUGUCUCAAAAUCAGUCAUUGAGUGGGAAUAUUAAUGAUUUGUACAUUGUGAUACCAUGGUAUCUUGUGGCAAGAGAGGUCAUUGCAAAGAAGUGGAAUGAAAAAUCAAAAUCAUUUCUUGCUCUUCCACGAUUUGUUGUAAUUGGAGGUGAUCUAAAUUGCUCAAAUGAAUCAAGUUCUCAAUCAGUUGCAGAAUCACUUGGAUUUGAUACUGUAAUUGUGGAAGGAAUGGGAUUUUUUGAUUUGAAAAUCAAUGGAGAAAACCUGUCAAUUGACAUUGAUCGUUUAGAGAUUUUUGACUCAUUUGCAUUCGAAAGGAAUGCCUCUAAUUUCCAAUCACUUGCUCUGUAUUCUAAUGGAAAGUUUAAAGUGAAUAAUGUCAAAAUUUUGAGUAAUAUUCACCAUGACGAUCCUACCAAAAACUUUGACAGAUCCAAACAAGAUGAAAAAUCAGUGAGCUACUAUAACUGGGUUCAAGAUAAUACAAAUAACCUCUCUACUGAGUGGCUCUUCGAAGAUGGUAAAAGCAGUCACACAUCUGUUGCCGUACUAUGUAAGAAACACAAUCAACACAACUUUAUCCAAAUGCAAACUCACUUGUCCAAUAAUCCAACUCCUCACAACACCUUCAAUAUUCCUCCUGAAAAAUUCCAACAAUCACAAAUUAUUAACUAUCUCUCCCAAUACCUUCCCUCAUUUAAAUUUUAA